AUGGCCUCAACGACAUCCUACAGUCAAGGAGAGCCCUCACAGCGAGCUCCGCACAGGCGAGCCAACGUGGGAUGGCUAUCCCCAUCGACCCAACCGCCAAAAGCAAUCAUCAACAGCAACUACGGCCCCGCGCUUACAAACGAGGAACUGUAUGCGUUGGCACGCAGCCUGUCUAGAUUAGACCAGUUUCUCCUUCUGUAUUGUCAGCAUUUCUACCAGCAAAUCGCGUCUGGACAACUUAACCCAGGCGAUACAUCUGCGCAGAGACUCGCUCUAAACGACUUGGAGGAUCUUCAGACAAUCAUAAGUCAAAUUCAAGAUAUAAACACCGGCCGGUUUGUGUUUAGUAGUCUCUACCUGAAGGAGAGGCACAUCCUUUACUAUUGGGGAAGAGCCAUUUCAUUUCUCUCUCAGAAUCUCCUAGCGGGGGAUGAAAUACACCAACCGUCGCUAGGUAACCUCAAAAGAGUCACUGAAUAUGCCUCUGAUAUUGAGAGUGCAGUACUUGAUGCAGGCUCGGCGGGAGUGUUGACAUCUGACUACCGAUUGGUGCUUUCUGAGCGGUGGGAUCUUCUCGAAAGCGUAUUCAAUUUAUAUCAUCAGCAUUCACGAUCUCCUCGAACGGUUGCGAAAUGGCCCAACAUAGCGCGCAGAGCCCAAGCGGCACCAAAAGUGGUGCCUCAAGACAGCAAAACAGGCCUUCCAACGCAGUCCGGUACAUUUACAACAAUACUCUGGUUGACAUUCGUCGGAACUACCUUAUCCAAUAUCUGGACCUUUGCUCUUGCCUACAACUACUCCGACCACAAACCGGGAACUACAAAAGACGCAGACUUCUGGUUUCUCAUGCAAAGCUGUUUCACGCAGGGGUUCACCUUGAUCAUCUCAGGUAUCCCUUUGUGGGCAGAUACUCGAUUGCGGAAGCGGACUUGGGUGCCUCCCAUGUUGCUAGCAUUGAUCUGCACGAUCAUAGCACCACCGCUAUAUCUCACAGCUCCGACGGAGUGGUCGAGCUUCGUUGGUCUUAUAGCUACAGGCAUACAGGCUUUCAUGGUUCUACAGCUUGUGACGGUUUCAGGUUGA